AGCGUCUUAACUCUCUGAUUCCAGCCCAAUACAAGGCUCUCUGCAGCAGCACCCCCCUGGGCACCAUCAUGAACCCCAUUACACACGUCAUUGAUGAUGUGGACGAGUGCCAAGGCAUGGUCUGCCAAGAAGGUCAAUGUACCAAUACCAUCGGCAGUUUCGUCUGCCAGUGCUACGACGGAUUCCGCUACGACCCAAACCUGAUGACGUGCGAAGACAUCAACGAAUGCCAGGAGAACCCCGGCAUCUGCAGCGGCACGGCGAAGUGCGUCAACGAACGUGGAAGUUACGAAUGUCGCUGCCCUGAUGGCUACGAGUCUUCCUCCAGUCAUCGUGGAUGUGAUGAUGUGGACGAGUGCAAACAGCCGCACAUCUGCCAGAACGGCGUCUGCAUCAACUUGGACGGAGGGUUCCAGUGUACCUGCAAUCCCGGCUACUACUCAACUCCUGCUGGAGAUACGUGCAUCGACUUCGACGAGUGCGCACGUAGUCCCGGAAUAUGCUCCAACGGAAUGUGCGAGAAUGUGCCCGGGUCGUACCGCUGCGUCUGCAACCCUGGCUUCCAACUGUCACCCGACAACGACUGUUAUGAUGUGGACGAAUGCCGAACUCAGUAUAGGAUCUGCCACAACGGCAGGUGCCGCAACACCAUUGGCAGCUUCCAGUGCCACUGUCAGGCUGGCUACCAGCUCAGCCCCGACGGUCGGAGCUGCGUAGACGUCAACGAGUGUGAAACAGAAGUCUGUCACAAGGGCUCCUGUCGCAAUUCAGAGGGCUCCUUCGAAUGCAGCUGCCCCGAGGGAUACCAACUGUCUCACGACGGGCGUGAGUGUGUUGAUGUGGACGAGUGCCUGUCGAUAUCUCAGCUCUGUCUCGGCGGUGUCUGCGAAAACACCGAAGGCGGCUUCCGCUGCUCCUGUCCCCCUGGAUUCAAGCUGUCGGCCGACGCGCGCGGAUGCAUAGACCUCCGUCAGAAACAGUGCUUCCGGAGCUACCAGAGGGGCCAAUGCAGCGACCCCCGACCUGGCAACACAACGCGAAAUCAGUGCUGCUGCAUGCAGGGGUCGGCUGCCUGGGGUGACUCACCCUGCGAACGUUGCCCGGAUCCAACCGAAACCACCUUUAGGCACAUCUGCCAAGCUGGCCUUGGUUUUAUCGAAGAGGACGGCAUAACAAUUGAUAUCAACGAGUGCAUGAUGAGUCCCGACAUCUGCCAGAAUGGAGAAUGCAUCAACACAGACGGUUCCUACCGGUGCCAGUGCGAGCCCGGGUUCAAGCUCGACCCUACGGGACACAUUUGCUUAGACGAAGACGAGUGUGCAGAGAAGAGGACGAUAUGCGGGAAUGGAACCUGCUCAAACACGCUGGGAGGCUUUGAGUGCCACUGCGGCGAAGGAUUCACACCCGGAAUAAGAAAUGUCUGCGAAGAUCUCAACGAGUGUGUUCUGGGCAUUGACGACUGCGCCUUCCGCUGCCUCAACACUGCUGGCUCGUUUCGCUGCACUUGCCCCUAUGGCUACACUUUAGCACCAGAUGGGAAGCAUUGCCAAGAUUUGGACGAGUGCGCAUCUGGAGAUCACGGCUGUCGCUAUGCUUGCAAAAACCUUGUGGGGACGUUUCAGUGCAUAUGUCCCGAUGGCAUGAGAUCAACUGGCCGCGGAGACGACUGCACAGACAUUAACGAGUGUCAAGAAAAUCCCGACAUUUGCCAGAACGGAGAGUGCAUGAACACACACGGGGGUUAUCGCUGUCGCUGCUACCACGGCUUUGAGCCUAGCAGCAACGGAAAGCAGUGUUUAGACAACAGACUUGGAACCUGCUACCAAACAGCAAGCUCGUGCCCCAACUCAAACGGCCAGCUGGGUCUGACGUCGCGCGACGAAUGCUGCUGCAGCGUCGGCAUAGUCUGGGGCUCUCACUGUGAAGCGUGUCCGCAGCGGAACACGCAAGAGUUUAACUCGCUAUGCGAACUCGGCACGGGAUUCAACAAGGACGGGCAAGAUGUGAACGAAUGCGAGACCUUGCCGCACCUGUGCAACAACGGGCGCUGCAUCAACACACAGGGCUCGUACCGCUGUCUCUGCAACCGGGGGUACAAGACGGACCCCACGGGGACACGCUGUGUCGAUGUCAACGAGUGUGAGCUCCCGGUUUCGCCGUGCAAGUCCAAGUGUCUCAACACAGAGGGCAGCUACAUCUGUUCCUGCGAUGACGGCUAUGUCCUAGCAGAAGACAAAGUCUCCUGCAAAGAUGUGGACGAGUGCGCGACGGACAGACACAACUGCGAGCACUCGUGCAUCAACACUCAGGGAAGCUACCGAUGCUCCUGCAAAGACGGCUACAACGUACUCGAGAGCCAGUGCUUGGACGUGAACGAGUGCCGUGAGCAACCGCACCUCUGCGCUCCCAGUGGAACAUGUACCAACAUGCCGGGAAGUUACAGGUGCAAUUGCCCCCGUGGCUACAUCACGGAUGCUUCAGGGCAGUCUUGCAAGGACACGGACGAAUGUGCGGAUCCGAGCAGGUGUCCGCACGGUUGUGAGAAUCUCGAAGGCUCGUACCGCUGCACAUGCCCACCAGGCUUCAAGCAGCACCCCUACUGGAACCAGUGUCUGGACGACAACGAAUGUCUGUCGCAGCCGUGUGGAACGGCAAACUGCGUCAACACUGUGGGCAGCUACUCGUGCAACUGCCCCAACGGAUUCAGUUUCGACGAGAUCAUGACCAGCUGUGUCGGAGGCAGCGGAUGCUCCAACAGCCCGUGUCUCUUCGAGUGCAUGCCCACCGGAUCUGGAGGCUUCCUCUGCAGUUGCCCGGAAGGAUACCAGCGCAUUGGACAAGGGCACUGUCUCUCCACACAUCCCGAGAGUUCAACCCUGGGUCCUGGAAAGGGCGUGCCGGGGGACGUGGGGAUACCCGCCUACGAUGUUGGCAACGCCGGGCCCCAGGACCCCGACAAGGUCAUCUCGACCGAAGGAUGCUACUCCUGCAAGCUCAACGGCGGGAGCGUACAGCGCGCGCGGAGGGGACUCAACAACGGAACGUCGUCUCGGAGGCUCACCCGGAGGUCUACUCAGAAGAAGGAAACAGAAGAGCAGACAACGGCACACAAGAGGAGACACCCCAAGUCUCGUUGGGAUGUCAUCAAGGUGACGCUGAAGUUACGCCAAGCGCAGGCGCACCAAAACAUCCUCGACAUCCGGCCAGCCUACAAGCACCUCAGGGACGACAAGAACUACCAUGUGCUGCAUGGUGUCGACCGCAACCGCUUCAGCGUCGUUUCGAGCGAUGGCGGUGUGACGCUGCAGCUCGCAGAAUCCAUCAAGAAGGCCGGACUCUACAAGGUCAACAUCGGAAGCCGAAGUCCGUCGGAGGAAGAGGCGGAGAACCAAUCGAGAGCGUUCCGCCUUCGAGUCCACUUGGCGGUCACGGAGUGAAAAGUCAUGGAGGGCACGCCGGUCCUCCUCAUAGUCUUCAACGAUGCACCGAGAUCUAGGGCGUCGUAAAAGUGCCACAUUUUUUUUUUCUCAUUAAAACAUUAC